UUGGAUUUCAAAGCACGAAUGAAGUAUAACCCUUGGCAAAGAAGAUGAAAUUGGGAACAGCCUCUCGGUUCCUCUCUGUGGUGAUAUUCAUCUUGCAGACGGCAGGAACUGAGGCUGUUUCAGGCUGCGAAGGUCAAAACUGUGAAGAUAAAGAUACCCCCGAAUCCGUUGUUCAGAAACACACAGAGAAAAUCCACAGAUCCUCUUUAAGACAUUUUAAUCAAUUUAACAAACAGGCGGAAGACCGAAAAUCUCGAAGCCAUGAAGCGGUCAUACCGUUCAUUGGAUUAACGGACAGCAGCAGGCUAAACAAGAGUUGUUGUCAGAAUGGAGGAAUUUGUGUACUUGGCAGUUUCUGCAUUUGCCCUAAACACUUUGUGGGGAGAAGUUGUGAAUACGAUGAACGCAUUAGGAACUGUGGCUACAUUCCUGAAGGAGCGUGGGUGCCUAAAAAUUGUACAUGGUGUAAGUGUAGCUAUGGGAUUUUGCACUGUGUUCAAGGAUCUCAGGAUGACUGUGAUAUUAAAAGAGAUUUAAAAGAAGAUCUCAGAUAUUACCAGUUAAUUUCAGAUGGCUCUCAGCUGUUACCAAUAAGAUGCUUGCUGCUUCCUGGGGAAGAGGAUGCUGUCAGUGCUACAAUAAAGGAAGAGGUACAGAAAAACUCCAAUAAGCUGGUAUCUGACUAA